CGCCAGCUGGCAGCCAAGGCUGCCUAGCUACAGACUGACGAAGAGGCAGCAGCAGAGAAGCUCCGGCUACCGGCCGAAGCAGACGCAGAAGCCCAGGCUCGCCGCAAGGAAGCCCAGGAUCUGCUGCAGCGGCAUGAAGCCAGCAGCAUCGACCGACUCAAGUUCUGGCACUUUGAACCGAACGGCGACGAUCCAACACCGGAAAAACAGCAUAAGGAGUUUCUCUCCAAACUCAUGACACGGCUGUUGUACACUUGCAACUACCAACGGUCCGAGUUGGAGAAGCAGUACCAGGACCUGACGCAACAGCAUCAGGAUUUGGCAAAGCUCCGCCGCACAGUGCAGAGCCACGAGGAUGCAACUCGGGCACUCAAUGCCCGAAUGCUGGGCCUGGAACAGGCUGUACCAGGACCAGCUGCUGGGGCUUCCAGCAGUGCCUCCUCUAGCCGCCAACUGGAGGAAUGCGUUGACCAUGUAGUGGCAAUGCUAGGAGACAUAAGUGCGUUCAUAGAGCCGGCCACCAUCAGCCAGCGUUUCGAGUUGCUGGACUCCAAGAUCAGUCAGCAACAACAGACCGACCACAGCCACAACAACAGCUCGGCGAGGCCAUACAAGAUGCCGACGUUCCGGAUCGAGAAAUUUGAUGACUACACACAUCAAGACCCGGUCGUCUGGUGGCAAGGAUUCACAACGGAGUUGGGGAUUCACGAGGUCCCUGACCAUCUGUUCAUCAGUGCUCUGUUCAUCAACACCAAGGGAGGAUGUCAGAUCUGGCUCAGCCACAUGGCAACCAUCCAUGGCGUCCAGGUUUCAGACCUGUACAAGAAGGUCUCCUGGGGAGAUAUGACAAAGGAAUGGAAGAAGCGGUUCAUCGUCGACGACGCCCCGACACUCGCCAUCAACCGCAUCUUCACGAUGGCUCAAGGGAGCACACCAACACGUGAUUGCCUCACGGAUUGGCAGAAGAUCGUGGCAAUGCCCGAUUUGGACUUGUCAUUUCCGCAUCUGCGGCGUGAGUUCUACAACAGGUCAUGCGCCGCUCUCAGCCUCGCACUUGGUGAUCGCGAGCAGUACAACACUUUCGCAGAGAUCAUCAACACGGCGAGAGAGCUCAUCAAGACUAACAGACCGGCUGCGCACGAGAAGUCCACGUGGCAGCCAACCUAUGUGGAGAAGGUACGAACUGGUCCGCAACAGCAGCAGUUCGCUGAAGUCCAGUCGGACAGUGGAGAUAACCCAGCAGCCACUCCAGCAUCAAGUGACGGAGAUCAGGUGGCUGCUGUCCAGCCACGAAGCAACAACAAGUCCCGCAACAAUGGGAAGGCGAAAUCCGCAUCGCAGGCCGGAAAUGGACAGCCGGUACAAGUUCCAUGGGUCAAGUUCGGCUUGACCGAGGUGAAUGGAAACCGAGACGAGGUCCCCGGCGCGGAAUGGACAAGGAAGACGCUGGCGAUUGGCCUACUGGCUCAUGCGCUGCUGCGUCUUAGCCAUCUGGUCACGUGCCUUGACAAGAAGCUCUUGCAUCCGACGCAAGACAAGACGAUGGUCGUCGCUCUCGGCCGUGCGUGGAGUUGCCAGAAGAUCCGUGAGAUGCGAGGGGAGGAGAGCUAUCUUGUUUGCGCUAUCCUCCAACUGACUAUUCUCGGCCUCGGUCCGCCAUUCCGCUGCCAUGACGCAAAUGCCCAGGCUCGCCGCAAGGAAGCCCAGGAUCUGUUGCAGCGGCAUGAAGCCAGCAGCAUCGACAGACUCAAGUUCUGGCACUUUGAACCGAACGGCGACGAUCCAACACCGGAAAAGCAGCAUAAGGAGUUUUUCUCCAAACUCGUGACACGGCUGUUGUACACUUGCAACUACCAACGGUUCGGGUUGGAGAAGGAGUACCAAGACCUGACGCAACAGCAUCAGGCGUUGGCAAAGCUCCGCCGCAUAGUGCAGAGCCACGAGGAUGCAACUCGGGCACUCAAUGCCCGAAUGCUGGACCUGGAACAGGCUGUACCAGGACCAGUUGCUGGGGCUUCCAGCAGUGCACCCUCUAGCCGCCAACUGGAGGACCGCGUUGACCACGUAGUGGCAAUGCUCAACGAGUCCCUUGCGGCCUACAAGCAGCGUUUCCAGGCUCAGAUCGAGGCUGAGGAACAACGCCAGCUGGCAGCCGAGGCUGCCCGCGUACAGGCUGAAGAGGCAGCAGCGGCAGAGCAACUGCGGCUACAGGAACCUUCGCUGCGCCGACCACCACAAUCAGCAGAUCCGGUCCUCUGGUGGGAAGCAUUAACAACGCAACUCAGGAUUCUGCCUGUCGCCAAGCAUGCGUACAUCGGCGCCCUGUUCCUGAACUCAAAGGGCGGAUGCCGGACCUGGUUGAGCCACCUGGCAACCUCCCAUGGCGUCGACGUACCGAACUUGAAGGACGAGAUCACAUGGGAGGAACUGACACGGUUGUGGAAGAAGCGGUUCAUCGUCAACGACGCGCCGACACUCGCCAUCAACCGUCUGUUCACCAUGUCACAGGGCAACACUGCAACACGGGAUUGGCUCACGGAGUGGCAGAAGAUUGCGGCGGUGCCCAAUCUGGAAUUGGCAUUCACGCAUCUACGUCGUGAGUUCUACAACAGGUCUUGUGCGGCAUUGAGCCAGGCUCUUGGUGAUCGUGAGCAGUACUCAACCUUCGCUGAGAUUAUUGACAAGGCGAGAGAAAUCAUCAAGACCAACAGGUCGGCUGCGCUCAAGAGGUCCACGUGGCAGCCAACCUAUGUGGAGAAGGUACGAACCGGUGGCUGCUGUCCAUCCGCGAAGCAACAACAAGUCCCGCAACAUUGGGAAGGCGAAAUCCGCAUCGCAGGCCGGAAAUGGACAGCCGGUACAAGUUCCAUGGGUCAAGUUCGGCUUGACCGAGGCGGAGUACAAGGUCCGUGGCCGCUACGGCAGCUGCUAUUGGUGCAACAGCACCAAGCACAAGACCUCCCUGUGCCAAGAUCAGGGCAAGGAGGAUGUGCGACCCCGCCCCAACUCGGGAAACUGAGUUCCGCAGAAGGUGAGGCGACUCCACCUUCCACUCCGCCAGAUUCGACCGCCUUGCUAGCGGCCUCCUGCACAUCUGGGGAGAACUCGAAUGUCGCAAGUUCUCGUUACACUUACGAGGACUAUGCUGUCCACUUGGUUCCACCGCUGGACCAACCGCUCCACGUGCAACAGUCCACCGCAUGCACGGUUUCAUCACCAUCGGCAACCGAUUCGGCAGCUUCGCCGCAAUUUAUCACCAGGGACUCGACGUCAUGGUCAAGACUUGAAGAGCUACAUCCGUUGACGUUCACGGACUUCCAGUGGAUGCCCGUUCCCUCGACCGGACGAUUGCCGAAACCGCAUUGCAACGUGCUUAUGGCACAAUUACGGGAUUACUUGCACACUGCAAUACCCACUCCAUUGAUGGAUGUCGGAGUAGAGGUUGUCGACCUUCACACCUACAUUGCGAAGAUCGACCGCGAGUUCAAGACGCAACGAUACGACGACAUCGACGCACCAAUGCUAUACGUACGCAUUCAGAUCGGAGAGGCGACCUGCAGUGCUUUGAUCGAUUGCGGAGCAUCUCGCAACUACAUCAGCCAGGACUUCAUGGUGCGCGCCGGCCUUGGCCCACAUGUCCGGAGGAAGUCCCAGCCUACGCAAGUCACGUUGGCGGACAUUCGCACGCACAAGUCUAUCGAUCGGUGCAUCGACGACGUCCCAGUGUACUUUGCCCCUCACGCAAGUGAGGCGGUGUCCUUUGAUAUUCUGGACACCAAAUUCGACAUGAUCUUGGGCACGUCAUGGCUGCGAAGCGAGGAUCACCCGGUGAACUUCUUCCACCGCACCGUUCACAUUCGUGAUCGGAACGGAGUAUUAGUUCCAUGCACGGUACCUCUUCCUCAUCCUUCGAUCAACUGCCACGUGGUAUCCGCCGCAAGCAUGCGAGCAUCCAUCAUCAAAGACGACAUCGAGGAGAUGGGGCUGGUCAUGCCAUUUGGCCUUACGAAUGCCCCAACCACUUUCCAAGCGGCCAUGACAACGGAGUUCCGACACAUGCUGGAUCGUUUUGUACUCAUCUACCUCGACGACAUCUUGGUGUACAGUCGGAGUUUGGAAGAGCAUGUGGAACACUUGCGCACCGUUUUGGAGCGGCUACAACAGGCCAAGUACAAAGCAAACCGCGACAAGUCCGGGUUCGCACAGCGGGAGCUGGCGUACUUGGGACACUAUGUGACGCCGCAAGGCAUCCGUCCGCUCGUGGACAAGAUCGAGGCCCUACGAGUAUGGCCCGAGCCCACCAACACCACGGCCGUUCGUUCAUUCAUGGGAUUGGCGGGCUACUAUCAGCGAUUCAUCACCGAAUACUCAAGGAUUGUUGCACCUAUGACGAGGUUACAGUCGCCAAAGGUGCCAUUCGUGUUCGACGACGACGGACGCCGGUCAUUCCAAGCACUUAAGACGGCUAUGCUAAUGACACCCGUCCUUAGCAUCUAUGACCCCACCCUGUCGACUAGAGUGACUACGGACGCUUCCGGCUAUGACAUUGGGGCAGUCUUGGAACAGCACGAUGGCGACGACUGGCACCCCGUGGAGUAUUUCAGCCACAAAGUGUCUCCCAUCAACUCGCUUGAUCAUGCAAGGAAGAACGAGCUACUCGCGUUCGUCAUGGCUCUCAAGCGAUGGUGGCACUUCCUCCUUGGGCGUCGUAGGUUCGCAUGGGUUACAGACAACAAUCCAUUGACCUACUACAAGACGCAGGAUAAGGAAGGUGGAGCGUUGGACACGUGGGGAAUUAAGCCGUCCCGGGUCAAGCAGUUGCCUUUCAGAAUCCUGUCGGAAUGUACGGACAAAUUCAGCGAGGGUCGAAGAAUCGGGGAGAGAGGAGCGUUUGGGAAGGUUUACAGAGGCUCGCUCGACGGCAAGGAGGUCGCGAUAAAGGUGAUGACGGGCGAGCUAACGGACAUCAAACGGAGCCAGUUUGUGGCCGAGGUGAACACCCUCAGCGGGCUUAAUCAUGCUAACCUCGUACAACUAGUCGGGUACUGCGUUGCGGGCGAUCAAAGCAUCUUGGUGUACCCGUUCUUCCGAGGAGGCAGCCUGCACGGGCGGUUGUCCCCCAAGGCCGUCAGUGGGGGCGAUGCAAAAGCGCCGGAGACAGACCAAAUUGUCGAGAAUCUAUCCCCUCCGCUGACGCUUCUGGAGCGCAUGAGCAUCGCCUUCCAGGUUGCCAAGGGGCUCGGCUACCUUCACGACGCCGCCAGGCCGCCGAUUAUCCAUCGGGACAUCAAGAGUAGCAACAUUCUGCUCGGCGAGGGAUCUGGCGAGAAGCUUCACGUCGUCGUAGCGGAUUUCGGAUUAGCAGCCAUCGGCGAGAGAGUAUUGGGCACCGGACAUGACCACGUCGUGCUGACCUCUCACAUCGGCGGCACUUUCGGGUAUAUGUCGCCCGAGUACAUGCUGAGAGGAGAGCUGUCCGAAAAGAACGAUGUGUACUCUUACGGGGUACUCGUUCUGGAGGUGUUGACGGGCAGGAAGGUGGUCGGGCCGGCUCCUUCCGGGCUGGGAUGGCAGACGCUCGUCGAGUGGGUGAAGCCUUUUCUGCGAGGGGGAGUCGUCCAGAGCGGGAGCAUGGAGAUGCCGUACCGGAUACUCGAUCGGUGCUUGUGGGAUCAGGUGGCUGGAGACUCGAUCAAGAAGAUGGUGAUGAACACAUUUCGACUGGCUUGGGAAUGCGUCCAAGAGGAGUAUGCAUCCAGACCAGCCAUGAGAGAAAUCAUUCAGCGCAUUCACAAUAUGUUCCUGGAAGUGGGUUGGGAUGGCCUGACGGUCAUGAUGGUCGACCUGGAGAACGAUGUGGAUGAUGGAGCAGAACCGACACACGACGUCUCAGGGGAGGAUCAGGCGAGAAAGGGGUUAGGGGAGGAGGGCGCCGGUUGGAAGAAGGAAAGGGCCAAGGAGGACGAGGAGGAAGACGAGGAGGAAAGGGCUGCUGCCGGCGAGGAAGAGGGGGAGGAGGGGGAGGAGGAUGACGACGAGGAGGACGAAGAAGAGGAGGAGGAGUGCGAGAAUGAGAAUGACGAGGGGGAGGAGGAGGAAGAACAGGCGGAGGAGGACGACGACGAAGAAGAAGAGGAGGACGACGGCUUGAGGUACGACAAUGAAGAAAAGAUGGAGGACGACGAGGAGGAGAGGGAGGAGCAGGAGUGGGAGAGGAGGCGGGAGGAGGGGGAUAAGGAGGAGGAGGUAGAAGGGGAGGCCGAUGAGAGUCGGCAGAGGUACCUGCAAGGGAAGCAUGCAGUAUGGGAAUGGGUGUGUCAGGGGCAGGAGGUGGGAGUGCGGGGAAAGGGGCAGUACAAGUUGCGUUGCACGUCGUGCAACCAGGUUUGGGUCGGGGCGCGGACGAAGGCAGAGGACCACUUCACCCGCCUAGGUGCGCAUUGUAGAUUCCGUACAGGAGAGAUCUUGUACAAGUUUAUGAGAGACGGGGCCACCAUCACAGACCCUUUGGGGAGGUCGAUGGCAGAGAAGCACAUGGACGUCCGUGAAGAGGAGCUGGAGAUUGAGGACCUGUGGAGGGCCGAUGAGGCGGCUGCCUCCGUUGCACGCAUGGCAAAGGACCGAAAUGCUAGCCACGGUAACGAGUCAGGAGCGAGAGGGGCGAAUGCAACCUCGACGGAUGAGGGAUGGGCUAGUGGUUUUUCAGCAGAGGACGAGGUGACUAUGCUCAGAGAGAGGAUACAAGUCCUCGAGGCGGGGCGAGGGGCGACCCAGGCGCAGUGCAGUUUACGACAGUGUUUGAGGUCGAGGGUCGACAUGACGUGGGUCAGGACAGAGGGCACAUCUGGGCCGUCGGGCGUUGUCAUGGGCGGGCGCGUUGGGAACGUCGUCGCCAGUGCCAAGGGGGCGGUUCUGGACAUGUGUCUGCUCGAGGGGUUCGGAGCGGGUGCUGCGAACACCCCGUUCUACAACGACCUCCGGCGGCAGGGCGGGUUUGUUUUGGGUCGAGAGUUCUUUGACUCCUUGGAGGACAAGGACAUCGCCCUCGACGUCCCUUGCGAAGUCGGCCCCGACAUGGAACUGUCAAUGCCUUUGCAGCCGUGCGGCGGAUGUGAGUCGAGCGGGGCAGCGGGGGAGGGGGGGGAUCUGGGUUUCGGGGAGGCUACACAUGUGCAGCGGAAGGAUGCCAGAGGUAAGUUUGACGACAGCGAAGAUGAGGCGACACCGCGUCCGCCGUUUUCGCCGUCGAGGGAAAGGGACAGAAGGAAACACGUUUCCGACUCGGCGCUGUUCAAGGACUGCCCGCCGUACAUGGGUUGCGACCAGGACAACUCGAUUGAGGUGAUGGAGAAGUUGGUGGGCCACAAGAAGUUGUCCGUCGAUUGGAGAAACAAGGUUCUCUCCCUGUUGAAUGGAAGCAGACUGAAGAGCCGGGAAGUCGCACUUGCCGAAGGCGUCGUUCACAUUAAAUGGAAAGACACGGGGGAUGUGACAUCCAUCGCACCAUUCGCCAACGACCCUUUAGAGGCGGACAUCAGGGGCGCAGAGUUGAAGGAGGCAGUGACUGCCACAAAGAGCCACACGUUCGUCCUCGAUCUGUGCGAGUCAGUGGUGAAAAGCGAGGUCAAUUCGGGUGGGCACAAUUGUAAGUUCAUGGUCGUGAGGCCAACACGGGAUAAGGUGUGGAGCAACAAGACGGAUAUGUGGUUCAAGUUGACCGAGAGGAAGAGGAACAAGAUAUACGAUUUCUUGUUCCUUCAAACGCGUCCGAGGAGGGACACUGACGCCGAGUACAUCCGCCGAAAGGACCACAUGUUGGCACUGCUCGACAACUACCACUUCGCCUCCCGCAUGAACGCGAAGACGUUUAUCGAAAGGCUGCAGUCGCUGUACUUAGUGGAGUCCGAGGAGCAGUUGAAGUUAGCCAGUUACGCUUCCCUGAUCUCCACUAACGACGAGGAAGCCAUAGGUGUGGAGUUUGUCGCCAACGUGAAGGAGGAGGAGAGCGACACGGAGAGCAUCGAUCUGCAGUACGACCCGCCUCCGGCGAACCACGGCCGAGGGUCCUCGUCGGCCGGUCCAUCACCAAGCGCUGCAGCCCUCGUGUCACCAUUGGCCAAACCGGCGCCGAGCACCACACCGAUGAAGUUGAUGGAGAGACUUAGAGCUCUGGCCGCCCCCCCGCCCGCUUUGCGUCCAGGGUCCGUCGUCCCGCCCGAUCAUCCGUCUUGGAAGGAUGACAACAUCCACUUUCCGCUUGAACCGCAACGUCAUUCACCUGAGUUGGACUGGGGCCAUGACAUGGUUUGGCAUCCGGGAGUAAUCCAGCCAGCGAUACGAAAUGGCGAGUGGGUCAUGGCUGUGGCAAUCCCGGGCGCGGGAUGGGUGUCAUUCCUACGCGAGUCGAAGUCCAGCUUCCUGCACGUCGCGAGGAUGUCGGUCCUCCAGAAAGUGACGGUAAAAAAUAACACUUUGCCAUCCGGCGACCUGUCCCUCAUUUCCACUGCCGGUCAACUGUUCGACGAGCUUCAGGACAAGUGCUGGUUGGAAUUGACGGAGGACUACUACGAGCUCGACACGAGUCCGUCGAAGGGAGCGGUGGACUGGAAAGUGCCCCCUCCCAGUGGGCCGGACGGUGGUUCAGGGGGGGGGUCACCUAGAAGCGGAGGGGAUGGGGGUGGCGACGCAGGGGGUGGCAAAGGAAUCCCGCCUAUGGGGGAGAGAGGGUCUCACGGCCGCAACACAACACCGGGAGGCAGCGCCGGGGUGGCGGGUUUCGCCGUCGACCGGACUCCGUCGACAGGCAUCCGGCCCGAGCAUACGACACACUCCGCCGACCCCCCGACUUCGUCCGUGGGCUCAGCGAGGGACACAUUGGCAGCCUUGCUUGCUCUAGGCAGUUGCUCGGCCGAAAAGCCGAAGUCCGCAGGGAUCCGAACUACGUCGGGUGAGGAGCCGCCAGAGCGGUUCGGAAUGCGAAGCUGCUCGGGGUCGGGGGAUCCAAGCAAGGAUCGAGAAAUUCGCAGCAUUGCGGCGCGGAAUGGAGACGUCGGAAAGGUGUCGCGUGAGCGGGAGCAACGGCCGCAAGGAUUGCAGCGGGAGGCUGCAAUUGCAGGGUCCGGCGACACCGAGACCACGAAGUCCGCCGAGAUCCGAACUUCUUCGGGCGGGGUUUGUCGGUCAGGGAUUGUUGUGCCGUUGAGAGGCAGUUGCUCGGCCGAGAAGCCGAAGUCCGCCGGGAUUCGAACUACGUCGGGUGAGGAGCCACCAGAGCGGUCCGGAAUGCGAAGCUGCUCGGGGUUGGGGGAUCCAAGCAAGGCUCGAGAAAUUCGUAGCAUUGCGGCGUCGGACGGAGACGUCGGAAAGGUGUCGCCUAAGCGGGAGCGACGGCCGGAGGGUGCCGGGUCUGGAGAAGACGAAGUGGAACACAGUGAGGACGAUGCCGGAUCUGGAGAGUCGUCUGACGAGUUUGGACAACUGUACGGAGAGCAUCACAAGGAUGAUGUCGACGACGAUGCCACGACAAUAGAGAUGGAGACACAAGUGGUCAGCAACCUUUCCGCAGAGCCUGAAGAUUAUGCAGUCCGGCCACUGACGUCUGCUGUCGACUUGCAACACCGGUUCGACGAGGCUUCCAUCGCUAUCAGCCCGUCUGAUAAAAGUCGACGUAUAAGCAUCGACGAAGUUAUCGAUGGUAUCCUCGACGACCACAACGUGUCUGCCCGUCCGUCCGCAACUGCCAACGUCGCAUCUUCCGUGGCAACUGUCCUCGCUUCGUCGCCGCCGAAGUCUCUGGUGCUGCCGGCCACCCUUGCCGCCGAAGGGGAAGGCGAGUUCGGUGGAGGACAACAUAGGCCAUGCGUGGAGGCGGUGCAGAUCCGCACCAUGCAUAUGCUUGAGUCGGCGCACACUGCGGCGCACCUGCUCAACCCCCGCAGGCGCUCCCUCCGUUACUACGAGUCCGCCCGCAGGACAGCUGCGGACCUCGAGGUCGUUACCGUGUGCGACUCGUUUUUCUUGGCGCAGACAGGCGGUGAUGCGGCGGGGGAUGCAUACUUGCGGGUGCGUCAGCAGAUGCGAUCGUUCCACUCCAGGGUCGGCCACACGUCGGACAGGGUGACGAGGGACGCCGAGGCGGAGGCCUGUGCAGGGGACGAGGAGACGAGCAGGUGCGCGUCAUGGUGGGUGGAGCACGGCGCAUGCUUCCCGGACUUGCAGGAGAUCGCUGGCCGUGUGAUGCACAUGUGGACGUCCGCCUCUCCUGCUGAGAGGAAUUGGGCAGAGCAUGAGCGCAUCCAGACGGCCAAGCGCAACAAGCUCAAGUUCAGGAAGGUCGCGCUGUUAGUUGAGAUUGCUACCAAUCUCAAACUACUUGGAUGCAGGGACCGCAGCGGGGGGUACGUUCUUCCGUGGGGCCACAUGGCGACCCUGGUUGAGGCGCACCGUGACGAGUACACACACGCCCCGAUCAACGACAGGGAUGAGGAGGAGGAGCCUGAGCCAGAGGAGUGGGGAGCCCGACCUCAGUCGGCAGUGGCCACACACGAGGUUAGUGCACAGGUACUUCAAUUCGAGCAACAGGGUUCUCGUCGUCCGGAGGGAGUUGGUGAGGUUUUCGGUCCCAGAGCCGAGAUACUUCAUCCGUACGACUAUGUGCCCCCACCGCCAGCAGAGCCGGCGCAGACGUCAGAGCAGGAGUCGGACUCGGAGGAUUUGCCGCCCGGUGUAGAUAAGAGUGCCGAGAGACUCUACUACACGUACGGUGCAGGACCAUUGUCACACGGCCACAUUAAGGGUGACGGCAUGGACCUGCAGGCUGAUGAUCCGGAGGAGGUCAGAGGCAGUAUGUCUUUGGCGUUAGUGUUGUGGGAUCCUUCACCGGUGGCGCACGACGUUCCGUCGGAGCAUGCCGAGGGAGGAGGCGGUGCCGAUGAGGAGGAGGAGGGCGGUAUACCACCUGACCUUCACGGCCACGGUAGAGCAUAUAUGGAGGAGGGGGAGAUUACACCGGGGCCACUCGACCCUGAUGCGUUGCAGCGUGCACUAGUGGAGGAUCCGAUUAGCAGGGGAGCUGCAAGAUCUCUUGGGGUCGGGGUUCGAUCGCCUCCGUUGUACACACCUGUGACCCCUCGGUAUUCUGGCUCUCUGGCGAGCUUGGAGCGCGAGCAGCAUUGUUCAGAGUCCGCCAUGGCAGCGACUUGGGGUGCACACAGGGCUCCCACCACUUCACUCACACCUCCUCCAUCGACCGUGCCCCAUAGCACUCCGACACCAGUCACGGGUAGAGCUGUCGGGAGAGGCCACGUGCCGACGUCGUCGUCACCUCGCCUCGACACACAGCAGUCAUUUCACCGUCCGUGGAGCACAGUGCAACGAGUUGACGAGAGAGUGAGGAGUGAUUUCGUGGCGCACCAGGCGCGGUUGAGGGAGGACCCGGAGGAGCACAGGCCGACACCGAGUUUGGCGACUUCUUAUCGCAUUCUCGAUCAGCCUCGAUACGGCGCUCGUAGGGACAUGCUUUUAGGUUCACGCAAGGCUGCGCCUGCGCCCACAUGGGCAGCCCCGCCAUCUCUUCCGGUGGUGUCACCGUUCGAAGGCAAAUGGGGACUCGAACCGGGACUCUUGAUCAACAACUCGGUACGGGUCGUUGCUUCACAUCCAUCCCCGACACAGGAUUGUCAGUCUGUAAUCGCGAACCUGGUGGUUUCGCCUCGGAAAGAGCUGUACUACGUCCUCGAGCAGACCUGCUCAAACAGCAGCUCAAACAGCAGCGUUACGUCGAUCAGAAGAGCCAACUUGUGGAGGGCGCCCCUGGGAUCUGACUCACCAGAUGACGAAUCAACAUUAUUAACCUACUUGUGGUUUUACGCCAAGCGGAACGGGUCGAGAAUUGCAGAACGGCCGAAUUCGACGGCUUCCGUGAUGGGGAUGGCCCUUUCGAAAGAUGGCACCCAUCUCAUCUUGAGCGUAGCCUACCCUUCCUCCUACGUUUCUGAUUCUGACAAUGUUGAUGUUGGCUUUCACGAUGGCAGCAUCACGUCCUUGUCUGUUUCUGACUCCUCCCGUCGUUCUUCCUCCUCGUUUUCCUUUGAUUAUAUUAACAAAAUCGGUUUGGACCCUUCCGGAGAGCGUCUGGUUUAUGAUAGGGGCGGUUACCCUGGACUCGAAUAUAUUCGGGUCGAUAGCUCGGGACUUCCGUCGGAUGUAUCAUUAGAAUUAGACAACGAUUCGGAAUCCAUAGGCAGCGAUUCGGAAUCCAUAGGCAGCGAUUCGGAACCCAUAGACAGCGAUUCGGAAUCCCCGUUUAGAUUCAUAAAUGGAAGUUACGUUGGUGGUGACGCCAUAUUUCAAUCUCAAAGCUUUGUGAACAAUUGCCUUUAUUUUUUGCAGACAAAUGCGAUGCAGCUGUUCGGGUUUCACCCGUUCAUCGAGGGGACCCGACCCAUAGCGGCGGUAUCCUUAUUUCCAGGCCCACCAAAACGUAGGGAUGAUGUUGUCGUCACUCGAGACGGGUGUCAUCUCUUUUUAACCGUAGGCGGCUCUCUGUAUAGCUUGGACAUCCGCACGCAAUGCUAUCAGCUAGUAGAUAACUUGUUUAGCGAGUUGGAUUACCCAUCGGGUACAUUUACGGGAUUGGCAUUGAUGGAGAAUGAAGGGGGGGAGGACGCAUACUUGUACUUGGGCUCUGAGGGCGGGAAACUUUUUGAAGUGCAGUUGAACAGGUCUGGCAGAGACUGUGUAUUAGAAGCGGAACCAAGCAUUUCCCCCGCACCUGAAGGUGCCGUAGAAUCAAGAACAAGCAUUCCCCCCGCACCUGAAUAUGCCGUAGAAUCACAACCAAGCAGUCGCCCUGCAUCUGGACAUGUCAUCACUGUUCUGGUAACAGCUGUGGUGGCUGGCACAGUGGUCGCCAUCGUAAUCAUUGGCAGCUUGAUAUGCCUACUGCGGAGAGCGCGCCGCCGACCAGCUGGUCCGGAACGUCCCCUGGACCUCGGUGAACAGGCGACUUCAUCUUUAAUGGAAGAUGAAGCGUUGGACGCGUGGGGAAUUAAGCCGUCGCGGGUCAAGCAGUUCGCUUUCAGAGUCCUGUCGGAAUGUACGGACAAAUUCAGCGAGGGUCGGAGAAUUGGGGAGCAGGGAGCGUUUGGGAAGGUUUACAGAGGCUCGCUCGACAGCGAGGAGGUCGCGGUGAAGGUGAUGACGGGUGAGCUAACGGUCAUCAAACGGAGCCAGUUUGUGGCCGAAGUGAACACCCUCAGCGGGCUCAAUCAUGCUAAUCUCGUACAACUAGUCGGGUACUGUCUCGCGGGCGAUCACUGCAUCUUGGUGUACCCGUUCUUCAGAGGGGGCAGCCUCUACGGGCGGCUGUUCCCCAAGGCUGUCACUGGGAAGGAUGCAAAAGCGCCCGAGACAGACCAUACUGUCGAGGAUCCAUCCCCUCCGCUGACGCUUCAGGAGCGCAUGAGCAUCGCCUUCCAGGUUGCCAAGGGGCUCGGCUACCUUCACGACGCCGCCAGGCCACCGAUUAUCCAUCGGGACAUCAAGAGUAGCAACAUUCUGCUCGGCGAGGGAUCUGGCGAGAAGCUUCACGUCGUCGUAGCGGAUUUCGGAUUGGCAGCCAUCGGCGAGAGGGUGUUAGACACCGGACAUGACCACGUCGUGCUGACCUCUCACAUCGGCGGCACUUUCGGGUAUAUGUCUCCCGAGUACAUGCUGAGAGGAGAGCUGUCCGAAAAGAACGAUGUGUACUCUUAUGGGGUACUCGUUCUGGAGCUGUUGACGGGCAAGAAGGUGGUCGGGCCGGCUCCUUCCGGUCUGGGAUGGCAGACGCUCGUCGGGUGGGUGAAGCCUUUCCUUCGAGGGGGAGUCGUCCAGAGCGGGAGCAUGGAGAUGCCGUACCUGAUACUUGAUCGGUGCUUGUGGGAUCAGGUGGCUGGAGACUCGAUCAAGAAGAUGGUGAUGAACACAUUCCAACUUGCUUGGGAAUGCGUGGAAGAGGAGUAUGGGUCCAGACCAGCCAUGAGAGAAAUCAUUCAGCGCAUUCACAACAUGUUCCUGGAAGUGGGUUGGGAUGGCCUGACGGUGAUGAUGGUGGACCUAGAAAACGAUGUGGAUGAUGAUGCGGUAACCGCUACACGAGGUCUCAAGGAAUGAAGUGUUUUUUUUAAAGAUAUUGCCACUUGAUUGCGGCAUCAGUAAUUAAGAUGAAUAGCCAGUACAAUAUC